AUGCUGAAAGAUCCCAAGACUAGUUUGACACGAGAAAAAAGGUCCACGUGUCACCUCAGAAGACCAAUGGAACACCUAGAAUCAAAGUCCAGAGACUGGAAAAGGCACGUUCUUCCCCGUCCCCGCAUCUUGUGGGAGCCUCCUCAGCUGCCUAAGGUCCACUUUAUCUGCCGGGCGGGGCCGGUGGGGCUGCGGAAGGCCGGGGUCCGGGUCCGGAGGGCGAGGGCGGGGUCGGGGGUCUGGGCUCCGAGGGGCAGGUCCAGGACCAGAGGAGGGGAUCCGGGGUCAGGGGUCAAGGUCCGGAGCCGGAGAGUCGGGGCUGGGUCGGGGUCCAGGUCCGAGGGCAGGGAUCGGAGGGCGGGGCCCGGGUCGGGGGUCGGAGGAUGGGAUCCAGGUCCAGAGGGAGGGGUCGGGGGUCGGAGGGCGGGAUCCGAGUCCAGAGGCCGGGGCCGUGGGUCCGAGGGGGAGUCAGAGUCCGGAGGGUCGAGGCCAGGAGGUGGGGGUCGGGGUCCAGGACCGGAGGGCGGGUCCGGGGUCGAGGGUCGGAGGGCGGGGUCCGGGGUGGCGGGUCUGGGUCCAGCGUGGCUCGGCGGGAGCAGUACGGACCGCCCCGUGGCCCCAGCGCCCCGCCUCCCACAGGCGGCAGCCAUGGCGGCCUGGCGGGUCCCGGCGUCCGCGGGCGCUGCGCUCGGGAGGCAGCCGUCCGCCGCCCCGCCGCCAGAACCGCCCCGGCUCGGAGAAGGGUUCUGACGGCGCCUCACCUUCACCCUCUUCUCCGCUUCGCAGGGAGACCGCGGCGGCUCUGGGCCCGACUCGCAGAGCGGGCCGGAGGGAGCAGCGAGGCGUACGGCAAGCCAAGAGUUAACAGCGGCGGAGGGGAAGAUCUCGGAGCUUCACGCCGCCGCCAGCGCAGCUGGCCGGCUGACGUACGUGGACCCAGCUACCGGCCACAUGGUGCUUACCCAGCUGGCCCACUUGCAGAGAGGCAGAUGCUGCGUCUCUACCUGCAGACAUUGUCCAUAUGGUCAAGUCAAUGUUAAAGAUCCAUCCAAAAAGAAGCAAUUCAAUUCACAUUUUUAUGUUUGAGAAGAAUUUCAUUUCUGUUCUCCAUCUAAUUGAGGCUUAUUAAAAAAAUAAAUAAAACCUUAAUCCAGAAUUGCUUUCUGUGCUGUUAGUACUUGAGCACUAGUUUAAUCUUAAACUUAAGCAUAUAUUAAUCUUAAUCUUAAACAUGUAUUAAAAGAACAUCAAUAAAAUCAAAA